AUAGACAUAUGCUAAAUUAAUAGUAAGUUGUCUGGGUUGACAUCGAUUCCCUCCCGGUAGUAAGUGGUGUGCUGUCCCUCAAUUUAAUUAAUUAAAUAGCAUUGUGUUGUAAGAGUGAUGCGAUCCAUGUUAGGGUUUGAAAGAAACAAUUAAUUAAGACAAGUAGUAAUUAAGGUCAGCAAGCAAAUGGAGGAUGAAGCAGUUAGGCUUAGGCAUGACGAGGGAAUAGAUUCCACGGAGGAGCGCCAGGACCUCUUCGAUCGAAUUGCUCCCUUCUACGAUAAACUGAAUGAUGUCUUCUCUUUGGGGAUGCAUAGAUUAUGGAAGAGAUGGACUGUUUCUUGGAGCGGGGCUAAAGAAGGGGAUAUGGUGCUGGAUGUCUGCUGCGGAAGUGGAGAUUUGAGCUUUCUCCUCUCCCAAACAGUUGGUACCAAUGGCAAGGUGAUUGCUAUAGAUUUUUCGAAGGACUUCUUACAGGUAGCAGCAUCUCGCCAUCACCAGCUAAUGAAUCACAAUCGCAGCUUUAAUAACAUCGAAUGGUUCCGAGGGGAUGCAACCAAUAUGCCAUUUCCAGAUUCGACUUUCGAUGCUGUCACAAUGGGUUUUGGAUUGAGGAAUAUCAUAGAUAAGAAAAAGGCUAUGGAAGAGAUCCAUCGGGUGCUGAAACCGGGUUCGAAAGUCUCUGUUCUUGACUUCAACAAAAGCACCAGCUGGUUAAAAUCGAAAUUCCAGGAUUGGGCAAUCGGUUAUGUGAUUAUUCCAAUAGUAAGUUUGUACGGGCUAAAAUGGAUAUAUGAGUACGUGUUGAAAUCAAUAAGAGAAUACAUGACAGGAGAUGAGCUGGAGAAGCUAGCAUUGGAAGUAGGCUUCUCUGAAGCCAAGCAUCAUGAGAUUGCUGUAGGAUUAAUGGGAGUCUUGGUAGCCAAACGUUUAUGAUAUUAUGAUGAAGGUUUUUAGUUUCGAUUAGACACUACUGGCUUCUACUUUUAAUUGUUUGUUAUACUUAAUUACUAUGUAUCAAUUGAUCUGGGUCCAAAUGUUUUCGGGGAAACUGAUGUUUAAUCCAACUUAGAUCAUUGCUGGUUCUCAUUACUUUUAA